GUCACCAACACCAGCCAGUCGAGCUCGUUCGAUAUCGAAAACCUUAUCCAGCGGCUCUUGGACGCCGGGUACAGUGGAAAGCGCACGAAGAACGUGUGCCUUAAAAACAAUGAAAUUCAAAUGGUAUGCCUGAGGGCUCGGGAAAUUUUGUUAUCGCAGCCAUCACUCUUGGAGCUCAAUCCACCCGUCAAGGUGGUGGGAGAUGUCCAUGGGCAGUUUGGCGACUUGAUUCGGAUCUUCACCAAGUGCGGGUUCCCGCCGCUGACCAACUACUUGUUUCUCGGUGAUUACGUCGACAGAGGCAAACAGAGUCUUGAAACCAUCUUGUUGUUGCUCUGCUACAAGAUCAAGUACCCUGAAAACUUCUUUUUGUUGCGAGGCAACCAUGAGUGUGCCAAUGUCACCCGAGUGUAUGGGUUCUAUGACGAGUGUAAGAGACGGUGUAAUAUCAAAACGUGGAAGUUGUUCAUCGAUACCUUCAACACUCUCCCCAUCGCGGCCAUUGUGGCGGGAAAAAUAUUCUGUGUGCAUGGAGGGCUUCUGCCGGUGUUGACCCUGUUGGACGAGAUUCGUAACAUUGCCAGGCCUACCGAUGUGCCAGACUUUGGUCUUUUGAACGAUCUACUCUGGUCCGAUCCAGCGGAUACAUUGAACGAGUGGGAAGACAACGAGCGUGGGGUGUCGUAUGUGUUUUCCAAGGUGGCCAUCAAUAAGUUUCUCCAGAAGUUUGGCUUUGACUUGGUGUGCCGGGCCCAUAUGGUGGUGGAGGAUGGGUACGAGUUUUUCAAUGAUCAGACGUUGGUGACGGUAUUUCUGGCCCCCAACUAUUGUGGAGAGUUUGAUAACUGGGGAGCGGUGAUGAGCGUGAGUGACGAGCUCUUGUGUUCGUUUGAGUUGUUGGAUCCGCUUGACAGCGUUGCCUUAAAGCAGGUGAUGAAGAAGGGCCGAAACGAGAGAAAGGUCGCAUUGGUUCAGUGA